AUGCUUAAUGGGAAUGAAGCAGAAAUUUAUUUGAUUUGCUCAUGGGAAAAGCUUUCAAUGGGAGCAUGUGUUUUGUUUUCAAAUUUGAAAUUGCGUUUGUUUAAGAUUCUUUAUACUGAAAAGCUGAGUAAAAAAUAUCAUUUAUCUGAACGUAAACUUUUUGACAAGCUAAUAUCACGCAAUUAUCAGUCAAAAGAAGGAAAUUUAUGGUUUCAAAAACAUUUACAACUUAGCAUUAUUCAUAACAAUUCUUGA